AAGUCAUGGUUUCGUUUCCUGCAGAUGCCCAAUCAACGCUGUCAAGGAACGUAAUCCAGAGUCUGGCUCGUAAUCUAGGUUCUAGAGCAGCGUAGAUUGGGAAGAUAGGUUUUUAUUUUAUUUAGUAAGGAUGAUAUAGACGCCAAGAAAGUGACCGAUGAGUCCCAUGUUGGACGGGGAAACGCAAAGCCCCGUGAAGCCGUUGAAAAUGAGCGAGUUGAACCCGGAAGGGCAAGGACACGGACAAGGUCACAGCCACGGUCACGUUCACGGCCACGGUCACGGGGAGGGUGGAUUGGAAGAAUGUGAAGAAGGGAAGACGAAAGAUGUCCCGAACAACGCUGAACCUGGAUCUUCGGCAGGGACAGCAGCAUUUGUGGUGUUCAGCUUCAUCUAUGCAAAGCUCCUGGUAGCUGUGUGUGUGUGCUUCCUUGUGGCUGAAGUGUCAACUCACCAAGUCCCUCUCUUCUUCUUUGAGGGCUACUUUCUAUAUCUGUAUGGGGUGAGCAUUCUGUUCCUGCUCUAUGUGUUCUGCUAUUUACUUCGGGAUGGAACACGCUCAAGAACGAAACGUACAAGAAAGGUUGCUUCUGGUUCCAAGCUCAAGGUCAACAACUUGUUUCAGUCAGCAUUGCAGCGGGUUUCUGGAAGAGGAGAGGCAGAACCAGAAGGUGAAAGUGCUUCUCAGGCCUUGACUGGAAACAAAGAAGCAGAGGAAGAGCUUGAACGAGCAAUCAAAGUGAAAACCACUGAAAACAACCUUCAUGGUAGCUUUUUCCUGCGCAUUGGAGCUCUUGCCUUUGGGCUUGGGACAAUGAUAUAUUGUGGGCUGGAAUUUGGGGGAUUUUGGGAGAUCCCAUGGAACUCACCUUGUCAUGAACUCAUCAAUGGCUUGAAUCCCUGCUUCCAAAUGGUGUUUACCUUCAUGCAGAUGUAUUUCAUCUUCAUGAAUGCCAAGCUGAACAUUCACAAAUUCAAGAUUGUGGCACGAUUUGGAUUGAUGCAUGUAAUUGGGACUAACAUCUGUGUUUGGCUGAGAACACUGUUCCGAGAAGGGCUGCGUGAUGUCACUGGCCACAAUACUGACAAAGGCAUUGGACCCUCUGAAGACCAGAUGAUUCUUGUUGGUGGAAAUAGAAGCAUGGAGGUACUGAUGGAGACAAAUGCAUCAUGUGCAAGGAAUAACAUUGUGGGAAACAUCCGCUCUGACUCUGCACCUUUUCUUUAUGUGUUCCCUGUGGAAUACAGUCUCAUUGGCAUUGCAAUCCUUUUCAUCAUGUGGAGGCACAUUGGACCUUCCAAGGCCAGGUCAACAGAUGAUGACUGGAGUCGAGAGAAGAGGAGAAUGGUGGGUCGCGUGGAUUGUGUAGGGGCUUCAUAUGGACUCUUCCUUGGACUCCUCUUCUUGGUUGGAUGCGCUAUCUGCCUUAUCCUGUUCUUUGUGCUCAUUGAAAAAGUUGAACACCACAGGCUGGCGAUAUUCUUGGCUGAUGUCUCGCAUUCAGCCAUCAUCUUCUUGGCACUCUUUGCAGCUCUCAUUGGCUUCUGCCGAGUGAAGCACCUGAAGUUCCAGGCUGACAGAGAUGAUCUUCUGAAUGAGAUUCUUCUGAGGCUGUCUGGAUUUGGAAUUCUCCUUUAUGCUGUUCUCACCAUCAUUGCAGGCGUCUUUAGCAUCAUGGACAAGGAACCUCAUCUUCUUGUCACAAUAACUGGAGUUCUCACAGUGUUACAGGUGAUAGUGCAGAUCCUGUUCUUGGCGGAUGUGGGUAAACGGAGCAUUAAUUCUCCAGAGCAUGAAGCCAGUCGACCUGGAAGGCAGCUCAUCACAUUCCUGCUUAUUUGCAACCUUGCUAUGUGGGCUCUUCUCACUUUUGAGAUGCAAAAAGUUGAAGCCAACCCUGUUCAGUUGAACUUCUAUGGCUAUGUCCCCUGGAAUAUCUUGUUGAAGAUCACUCUCCCUCUGAGUAUCUUCCAUCGAUUCCAAGCCACUGUCAUGUAUGCUGAUGUGUGGAAGAAUGCCUACAGGCUUCGUAUCGAGUGACUCCCUUGCUCCAUGUUGCAAAUGCAGGGAAUCUCAUCAUGACUUCGUGAUUGUGGACUUGUGUGAUGUGCCAGCCCUGAUCUUACUGCCAUCGUGUUUGCCAAGGGAUACAAGUACAAAAUUGUCUCAGUCUAAUGUUAUUAUUGUUGUCAUUCUCCUUGUAUUUUGCUUCUUAUGACUUUUUUUCUUGGUUGAUGUUCCAUGACUACUGCCCAGAGUCUUCUGCUCAUGACAGUGGGAAACAAAAUAACUAUCUUUUGACUUCCAUUGCAGUUGUCUUGAUAGAACAUGCAUGUCAGUAGCUUUCAGUAGCAGACAUAACUGCUCAAGAACUUCUUCCAAGAAUAUUAUUGACAUUUAGCGGUGUAGAGAAAACAAUGGGAACAGACAUGCUCAGAUGAUUCUCAUGACUUCAAUGCAAAACUAUAUUUUGCUCAUUUGAUACUUUGCUGACAGUUGGGAACAGUGAUUGAAGGGUAUCAGAUUUUUUGCUCAUAUCUACUUGCCUUUUAUAUUGCUCCCAUUUCAUAAUUUUUUUUCUGUUGACAUUUUGAGGAAACCAAAGAUUCAGAUAUUUUUAUGUGCUGCUCAUCUCAUGUUAUGUGUGAUGUUACUGCAAACAAUCAUUAAUACCCACUAAUACCAUAGCUCUGGAUCUGUAGGAUCAGGCAGUAUACAAACUGACAGUUGACUUAAUCUGAAGUUUCAUCCUCAUUUGGUCUUACCUGCCUGCAUCCACUAAGCAAGAGUCCAUAGGGGCUACUCAUAAAGAUGUCAUAGAGCUUCUUUCAAAAUUUUUGUUUUCCUCCCUGAUUUAGAGGUAAUAGUUAUAUAUGCUCUCAUGGAAGUCUAAGUCAGAUCUCAAACUACCAGAAGGAUUGGGAGGUUUCUUCAUCCAUCUUUAAAUGAAGCAUGGGAUAACCAUGAUUUAUGUGAUUAUGGGAAACUAGAGAUGAGAGGGAGGAGAUUUUGCUUAAUAGUAAGCUACCCAUUUGGCUCCACCUUCUUUUGUGGGCUGUUGUGUGUUGAUGUCUCUUGGAUGGUUGGGCAUUAGGACUUUGAUGCUGAAUGCAGCUAGUACUUGCAGUUUAUUGAAUUCAUACCAUGUUGACAGAUCCAUCUGUAAGCCAUGAAACAUCUGUGGCAAUUAUGUAUGAUGAAGUCAUAGGAUUCUUAUCAAGACAAGCUGCAAGGUUGCUUCAUUAUGUCCAUCACAUAGCUGAAGAAUUGCAACAAGUGAGUUGUAUGUUCAUGAUGUGAUCUUUGGAGCAUUUCACAUUUAUAUUCUUUUGCAGGAGUCAUAUGUUUUCAGGCUAAUGACCUUUGCUUGUGAGAAUUUGGUCAGUGACCUUUGUCCUUAUUUCAGUGCAUGGAGACUCAUUCCCACAGGAAAGAAUGAAUGAAUUUUUCAAGGCACGAAGUGACGUCAGGUUCUAGUCAGAAUGAGGGGCUGUUCUUGAACUGUUUUAGAUGUGUGAGUGAUCUUCAUUCCCUUGUCUUACCUGAGCACAUUUGCUCCCAAAUGAUCUCACACUGAAUUGGGAUACUCUUGUAUCAUAGAGCCAUGUGUGUGUCAAAAAAAACAUUGCUGCAAUGUAUGUGUAUUGAGAAUGCCUGUGUCCAGCUUGACGCACUGUGUGUGUGUGUGAAUGAGUGUGAAUCCAGAUGAGCUACCCACACUCAUGAAGGCUGCAUUCACACCUGUGACAUUCAAGUCAGGUUGCAUGCAUUCAUGCUGAGGUGUUUUCCGUACUCAAGUGGAAUGAAGCAUCUGGAGUACUGAAGUUUAAAAAUUUGCUUUUUCUCUUCUGGCAGUUAGGUACAUAGGACUCUUGCUCUCCAUCUUCAUGAGUGUGGUUCUUGCUGUCGUUUCCAAAUGUUUCUUACAUGAAUAAAGAAACACCAUGCACUAA